CCGGCGCUCAGCUCCGCACCCUCGCCAUGUCUGAGGAAGGAGCCGCCAAGUUGCGCCUCAAGGGCAGGAAGGAGCCAGCAGCCUGGAGCCGGGAGCACCCCCGGCAGCGGCAGUCAUUGACUCACAGCUGUUCCUGGUUUGAAAAAGAAGACUUAAAUGAGUGUGAAGAACCAUGGGCUUUGUUACUGAAAGGCAUCAGUCAAGAUGCCCAAUGUGCAGACUGGCAGGCAGUGCCCAGUUUUCCAGAGUUCUUCACAAAGAGCUCCAAGGAAGAGAGUCCACAAGAACAGGAAGUUUUUACAGCUGGAAAGAAAGACUUUCCAUGGGUGUCAUUCCCAUCUUUUUGCAAACAAGAACUUCUAAACCCAGAGGAUCUUAGUUCCUAUCAGCUAACACAGAGCCAAGUCAACCACCUACAUAAAGGACAGGGCCAAGCAGAUAAACUGAGCAGUUUACUGUGUGCAGCUGAGAAGACGUACUGUGUAACUAUUACAGAUCAAGCCAAACAUGUGGUUGGGGAAGACACAGAAGCUAUUUCAAAACCAGAUGUAAGUCCAAAGUCAUGUAAACUCACUUGGCAGAGGAGUUCUGUGCACCACUUGGCAUUGCCACAAUGCUCUGUAGAAGCUUUGAGCCAUCAACAGCAUUGCAGAGGGACUGCACAGAACACCAUGGAAAAUGGAGAAGAAAAUAAUGGAAAAGAGCUUCAGCUACAAACACAUCAAGGGGAUGUUUCCUUUGCAGAGGCCAGAUUCUCACAUGCAGAAGAGAACCCACCUCUUUCAAGUGUGCCUCAAACCAAGAGCUGCAAGGAAGAAACAGAAAAUCAGGGUGAAGGAGCUCCAAUUCUUGACAGCUGUCCCAUGUGUCGCAUGUGCUUUAGUGGAACGCUGUCACAACUGGACAUUGAUGAACACCUUGCUAUGUGCUUGUCUGAAAGUACAGAUGAUGUAAUGUGGUAAAUCCUAAAUCCAGAAGAAUGAUGAAGAGCAAAGGAACCAAGCCAAGGGAGAACCUCCCUCAUAAGAAAAGGAAAAAUGCGUGGAGGAAGCACAUCCUUGUCUCAAACCAGUCACCAAGUAGAAGACCAAGGGCCAUGUGCCUGCUCAGGGUCUUUUUCUCUUCAGUCCUCCCAGAUGCAUGUGAAAUAGUUCUGGUUCCAAGAACAGUGCCCAGGGUUCUCCCAGACACACCCACAGGGCAAUCAGUGUUGGUACUACUGGAAGCUGAGGUCUUAUGAAACAAUGUAGGAUUGUAAAUCCUCGAGGGACUCAUGUUGGUGAUGCCCCAAAGCUCUUUUGAGUGUAGAAUAAACGAUCUGAACAGAAGAUAACUUACUUAAUGCAA